AUGCCUGCAAAAGUCGGUUCGAAUAUUUACAAACCAUCCCACUUCAUUCAUCUCAGCCCAUGUGGAAUUGCAUACAUGCAUGAUGUAGAAGUCGAGGACAGUUGGUACGCGUGGCAUGGAGGCAGGCAGGGCGCGGGCGGCGCGGCGCGGCGUGGGCGAGGGCGUGGGUGGGGCAAGUGCGUCACCGGCAGCGGCGCGUUGGCGCAGCUGAGCGCGGCGGUGGGCGCCUCAGUCAAAAUCCGCUGCGUUCUCCCGCCUCCGUUUCCGCGCCGUGAGUGCUGCCGGCCUGCGGGGGCCGGGGUGCGUCGGGGUGCGGCGGAGUGCGGCGUGGUGCGGCGGGGAUUGCGUCAGGGUGCGUCGGGUGCGUGGGGUGCGUUCGGGGUGCGGCGGGGUGGCGGCGGGGAGGACGGGGUGCGGCGUGUGCGAUGCCGGCCCAUGGUGAAGGUGCACGAGGACGACGACGAGGAGGAGGCCGCGGGCGCGUACAGCAGCGCUUACAGCGGGGGCGCGUCGGGCGCGGGGGCGUCGGGGGCGUCGGGGGCGUCAGGGGGCGAUUCGUCUGAGGACGAGGGCGACGAUGCCCCCGGCGCGAGUGGCGGCGGUGGCAGGGCGGGCGACAGCGCAGCGUCCUCCGCGUCGGCCUCCGCCUCCUCCUCCUCCACGUCCUCCUCGGCGUCGGGGGGCGCGAUCGCCCUCAAGUUUCGCGCCGCCGCCGGCCGCUGCGCCGGCCGCCGCUUCAGCCCACCCCCGCUGCCGCCCCCGCUGCCCGCGCCGCUGCUGCACCAUCACCACCACCACCACCACCACUGGGCGUUCCACGCGGGCGUACCCGCCACCUUCCACAUCGGGCCCGGCUUCGAACCCCAGCAGCGCCACGGCCGCCCCGCGUCGCCGCCGCCCCAACCGCCGCAGCCGCCCGCGCAGCACGUGGUGCACUUCCACGUCAACCCCGGCGUCACCGUCAGCUUCCAGAUGGGCGAGCACGUGCAAGUGAUCAAAGGGGAUGCAACUGCUGAUAGGCUCGUCGAGGAGACCCAGCGCGGCGGCAACGCUAAUGACACUUGGCGACAGUAA